AGAGGCACCCUUUGUAACUCUCAUCUCCUCCCUAGUGUGAGGUUAAAACCUUCAGCCCCACGUGCUGUUUGCAAACCUGCCUGGACCUGAGGCCCUAAAAAGCCAGAGACCUCACUCCCGGGGAGCCAACAUGUCCACUGCGGUCCUGGAAAACCAAGGCUUGGGCAGGAAACCCUCUGACUUUGGACAGGCUAAUGAUUUAGCAAACUCUGGAAUGUCAGCCCUAACCCCAACCUUGGUUUUCUGUCACGUGCGUGUGGAAACAAGCUAUAUUGAAGACAACUCCAGUCAAAAUGGUGCCAUAUCACUGAUCUUCUCACUCAAAGAAGAAGUUGGUGCAUUGGCCAAAGUGUUGCGCUUAUUUGAGGAGAAUGAUAUAAACCUGACCCACAUUGAAUCUAGACCUUCUCGUUUAAAGAAAGAUGAGUACGAAUUUUUCACCCAUUUGGAUAAACGUAGCCUGCCUGCUCUGACAAACAUCAUCAAGAUCUUGAGGCACGACAUUGGUGCCACUGUCCAUGAGCUUUCACGAGAUAAGAAGAAAGACACAGUGCCCUGGUUCCCAAGAACCAUUCAAGAGCUGGAUAGAUUUGCCAAUCAGAUUCUCAGCUAUGGAGCGGAACUGGAUGCUGACCACCCUGGUUUUAAAGAUCCUGUGUACCGUGCAAGACGGAAGCAGUUUGCUGACAUUGCCUACAACUACCGCCAUGGGCAGCCCAUCCCUCGAGUGGAAUACAUGGAGGAAGAAAAGAAAACAUGGGGCACGGUGUUCAAGACUCUGAAGUCCUUGUAUAAAACCCAUGCUUGCUAUGAGUACAAUCACAUUUUUCCACUUCUUGAAAAGUACUGUGGCUUCCAUGAAGAUAACAUUCCCCAGCUGGAAGACGUUUCUCAAUUCCUGCAGACUUGCACUGGUUUCCGCCUCCGACCUGUGGCUGGCCUGCUUUCCUCUCGGGAUUUCUUGGGUGGCCUGGCCUUCCGAGUCUUCCACUGCACACAGUACAUCAGACAUGGAUCCAGGCCCAUGUAUACCCCCGAACCUGACAUCUGCCAUGAGCUGUUGGGACAUGUGCCCUUGUUUUCAGAUCGCAGCUUUGCCCAGUUUUCCCAGGAAAUUGGCCUUGCCUCUCUGGGUGCGCCUGAUGAGUACAUUGAAAAGCUCGCCACAAUUUACUGGUUUACUGUGGAGUUUGGGCUCUGCAAACAAGGAGACUCCAUAAAGGCAUAUGGUGCUGGGCUUCUGUCAUCCUUUGGUGAAUUACAGUACUGCUUAUCAGACAAGCCAAAGCUUCUCCCCCUGGAACUGGAGAAGACAGCCAUCCAAAAUUACCCUGUCACGGAGUUCCAGCCCCUGUAUUACGUGGCGGAGAGUUUUAAUGACGCCAAGGAGAAAGUAAGGUUGGGCAUGCUGACCUUUGCACACACCCCUGCCACCUGGUCCCUGUUCAACGCAACCACCAAGUCAAGACACUGAAGCCUCCUGAAUACAGAGUGGCCACAGAAGUCUCCCCACAAAAUCAAAGAAGUCUUAUAACCUAGGAAGUCCUUUCUUCACUUUCUUCUCCCAAACACCUACAAAAUGUGCUUUGUCCUUUGUAUCUUUACCCAAAUUUAAUCUCUAUAUGUCUUUCUCAAACCAACUUAUUUCUACUCAUCCCUGCCACCAGUGCUUCUGUAAUACUUAUUAACUUGUAAUAUAUUACAUAAGGUAAGCUCCAUGAGGGUAGAAAUUUUGUUUUCUAUUUUCUGUUUUUCCUCCAGCCCCUGGAACAAUACCUGACACAGAGUAAGCACUCAGUAAAUAAUUGGUGAAGGCAUUAAUCUCAGAGGCAGUUCAGCAAGAGGCUGAUGGAGUGGUUCUGGGACUCUGAGACUGUUGGCCCUCUAAGUGCACAGUUCCUGCACCUAAGCAGGAGACAUACUGGGCAGAGGGUCCACCUGGACAUGAAUAUCCUAAUACUCACUGUAUGUUACCACUUAAAAAAAUCUUAUCAGUGAUGGAUGACAGGCAUGGGACAUACGGGCCUUUGGGAGUCUAUGACACUGGGUAUGUUAGCUUUCAACCCUAUCUAUGGCCUCUGAGAGGUCGGAGGAAUGGAGGGGAGUGGUGAUAGAAUAAAUGACUUCUCAAAGAAAUCCACACUUUUGAAAAGAGAGACAUGAGGGAGAAAAGAGACAUAAGGGAGAAAGUCAAAGACAUAAAUGAACAUACAUCUUAGUCCUUCCUUUCUAAAUCCAAAUUCCAUCCUCCCCAGACCCCUCACAAAGAAAGGUGAAAAUUAUCCUUUUGACAGCUCAUUCACUUGCCUUACAUUUGCAAGGUAAGAUUGUGGGACAAGACAGGUCCAGCUAACAUUUGUUUGAGAACCCUUUGGAAUAAAGAGACUUCAAGGAGGACUAAUUUUCUUUCUUUUAAAAUAGAUAUUCCUUAAUUUAAGUCUACUAUCUUUAGAUAAUUAAAGGUAAAAUGCUGGCCCACAAAUCCACUUGGUGUGGCCUAAAAUGACUAUUUCUCCAGCUCUGUCUAGAGCUCUCAAGUCCUUCUGGCUCUGCUUUUUUGGUUCUCUCCUAAACUGGGAGCCUAGCCUCCUUCCAGCAUCAUCCCCCUCUCCCUCCAAGGCUCAAGGUUUGGACCCAGGCAUUGGGGCUUAGAGGCAGUGCUGAUGAGCACCCUGUCAUACCAAGAUCACAUUUGGGUGGGCCCUCCUGGAGACAACUCUCUAACCAGCAAGUGAUCUGUCCCAGACCAGCAGGGAAGAGCUUGCCAAGAAACAGGCCUGUCAGUACCAAGGCCUCAAGGGAAACAACCAUGAAAACCCCAUUCUGCUGAGAAGUGGCUCAGAGAGUCAAAGAGAAUGCUAAAGGACGGGGUUCAAAACAAGGAAUCUGCACAUCCCUUUGGAUUCCCUCAAAGCAUCUCAGCCAAGAGAAACCAAUUCUAACCACUUGGGGUUUCAAGAUUCAAGUUGUAGGCAGAGAUGUGAUUGGCUGAGCAUGGUUCACAUUCUACCUCCUCGCCAGAGGAGGGCUGGCACUGAAUACUGACUUCUGGACUGAUACACACCUAGUAGGGUAGGGGUAAAUCACCUAAAGCAAAAAUGAGCUGCUUUAUGGGAAGAAGGAGGAAGAGGUGCAGAGCAGGCAAAAUCACAGAUGUGCAACACGUGGCUCAUGCCACCAGCUGGGCUGAGACAGCUCCUUUCAGACAAGAAAAGGUGGAAAUAUAUACUUGGCCAUUUGUUCUUCAUGAAAGAUAGCAACUAACACUCAUGGGGCACUUACUCCAUAGUAUAAGAGCAUUUGCUGCAACCCCCUGGGGCAGGUACUACUAUUGCCCCAAUUUUACAGAGGAAAUUGGGGUACAGAAGAGUGGUCCCCUGUGCCCAUGGUCACAAGGGCCAUAAUAGACAGAGGCAGGGUUUCAGCAUAGGCAGCUUGACUUGGAACUUGGGGAGCCACUCUUGCCAAACUUGGAGGUCCCUACUGUCUCCCGUAACAUUGUAUUUUCAGUACAGCAGCUUAUACGUUCACCAGAGGCCAACUUAGAAAUUUGUGAUUACUUUGCAACAUCUUGUUAAUGGUAUUGUAUGAUGUCCCUCAUAGAGGCCCUCAUGGUGGAUUUCUCCCAGAUCCAGGAGUAAGGCACUGGGAAGGCAGGAAAGCAAAGGGUCCAGGCCAGAGUCAGACUGCCUGGGUUCCUUCCCAGCUGCAUAACUUACUGACAGUAUGGCCUUAGUAGUCACAUAGCCUUCCCAAGCUUGUUUCCUCAUCCGUAAAAUGGGCAUACUAAUGGUGCCUUUCUCCUAAGAUUUUUGUGAAGGUUAAAUAAGGAAGGAUAUUUGUAAAGAGCAUUGGGCAGUUAGAACUUAACAUAGUUCUUGGUACAUAGAAGGUACUCCAUCGAUGUUAAAUUUCAUUAUUAACAUAGUGCUUUCUUCACCACUUGAGAGCUAUUUCCCUCUGCAUUGAUUGUCAAGCAUUUCAGAGCUUUUUUUCCUCUAUAUAGCAUUCUUUAGCUAGAUUUUACUUACUCUUGAUUUUAUUUAAUGAUAGGAGUUUGUGGCUUUAUUGUAUUCAGUACUUUCAUUGUAAGCUAUCUCUGUCUUCUUGGAGCUAGGUGACUAAAUAAAUAUGUGUAUAUAUGUGUUUGUACAUACACAUACACACAUGCAAAGUCUUCCCAAGAAGACUCACUAAAACUCCAUUCCCCCUCCUCAGCCCUGGCUGUUGAAGACCCUCCUCUAGGGAGGUGUCCGUGUUCCUAAAAAAGAAGUAAAAUGCCACUGAGAACUCUCUUAAGAUUACCUUUCUCCAAAUGGUGCCCUUCACUCAAGCCUGUGGUUUUGG